AUGGAGAGGAAGGCGGCCCACAGCGUCUGCUCCCUGAGCAGCGUGCCGACCACCGCGGCGGGCACGCCGCGCGCCUCGGAGGGCGGCCACGGCUGGGAGCCCUCGCCGCGCGUGCGGGAGGCGCUCGCCACCGUCGACGGCCUGCAGCGGUCUGCUCUGCUCAGCGGCGCAGGCUACCGCGCCGGCGACCCCGGCGCGGACCGCGGCAGCGCCAGCGGCUCCGAGGGCAACAGCCCGGCCCGCAGCAGCUCGCCGCCCUCGCCGCGCGGCGAGGCCGCCGCAGCUGCGGCCGCGGCCACCGAGGCCGGGGCGGCCGCCUCGGGCCUUGCGAGCAGGCUGCGUGCCGCACAGCACGCCUACGUGCUGCUGGAGGAGGACAGCGACGCUGCAGAGCAGCUCAACACCUCCUACGACGCGCUGCUUGGCGCCUGCGCGGUUUCUCCGGACGCCAGCGACGGCGGCGGCAGCGCGGCGCCGAGCGCGCGGGGACCGCCCUCCGGGCAGGAUGCCGCCGCCCGCGCGGGCGCCGCCGGCGUCGAGGAGGCGCGCGUUUGUUGGGCCCACGUGGAAUCCGCGGGGCAAGGGCCCGUAGCGCCCAACCCGGCGGCCAAGGGGCCGCGGCCAUCGCUGCAAGCGUGGGCGCGACAGCAUGCCACGGUGCAGGUUCUGCAGAACCCUGUGAGUCUGCACGCGCAGGAGCGGGAGAGGCAGCCAGAGGUCCUUGAACUGCGGGGAGGCACGCCCUCAGAGCCGCCGCCAGCGCAGCAGCCGCAGCAGCCGCAACCCAUGGCUCCCGAGCAGCCACGCGAACGGCCGCCCGACGAGCGGCCUGCGCAGCGGUCUGAGGAGCCACCAGAGCGGCCGCCGCCGAGGUGGCAAAGGCCCCGAGAGCCGCGACAGCUGGCCGAGGCGCAGCGCGAGCAGGAGCGGCAGCCGCAGUUGCAGCCGCACUCCUUGCCACAGGAGCAGCAGGCCUGGUUGCGACCACGGCUGCAGCAGCAGCCGCAGCCUGAGGUGUUGCAGGGACCAGAGGAGCCAGCGGCACCGCGCCAGCUCGGCACCUCCCUGCGGUUGCCGCUGGCGGCGUUGUCGUCGCAACGGGCGGAGUCCCGCUCCUCGCCCGACGGCAGCCCUGGCUCGUCGCCGUGGGGAGCUGCGCUUCUGCACUGCGAGGGGCCGCCCGCGAGAGCGUCUGGUCGCCACGCGUCCCGCGUCCCACGGGAGGCCGCAGCGGGGGGGAUCCAGGCCGAGGCAGCAUCUUGGGCGCCCCCAGCCGAGCCCACACCUGCGCAGUCGCCAGACCGCGCCCGUUCGCUCUCGCCAUGCAGCCGCGCGGCCUCGAGCGCCAGGGCUGUUGGCCACACCGACCCGGCCUCCACAGCGGAGCUCCCCGCAGCUGCGGGCGACAGCGGUGUGGCCGAUCCAGUCCCGACGGUGCCGCCCUGGGCUUCGGCCAUCUGCCGCUCUGGCGCGCCGCGCGGCGGGGGCUCCCCGCUGUUCUCAACGCCGCUGUGGGGGCCGCCGCGUGAGGCGCCGACGGCAGCAGCUCAAGGAGAGCGAGUUGGCGACUCGGCGCUCCCGCUGAACCCGUUCGACAUGAGUUCCUCUCAAUUGCGAGAGUGCGCCGCAGUGCAGAGGGACGGCGGCACGGCCGCGGUGCGCCGCGAGGAGCAGCGCGCGGAGAAGCGGGAGCGCUCGCCGGCUUUCUUGGCGGGCGCCUUCGGCGGCGGCGCCGUCGGGGGUGGCGGCUCCCCGGUGCGCGGGCGGGCAAGCCCCGCCGAGCCACAGGGCGAAGCCGUGCCUGGGCUCCGCAGGGAGCCCUCGGCGCCCUCGGCAGAGCCGCGCCGAGCAGCGCGCCACGGAGUGCCGCGGGACAGCUCGUGGAGCGACUUCACGGGGCUGCUCGGCGCCGAGGCGCGCACCGCCGCGCGGGCCGGCGGCGGCGGCGGCCCGGCCCCCGCCGGCGCGCCGGUUGAUCCCGCGGAGGUGCGGCUGGAGGAGCCGCUGGGCUCGGGCAGCACCGCCGAGGUGUACCGGGGCACCUGGCACGGGACGGACGUCGCGGUCAAGAAGCUCAAGCGGUCCGGCAAGCUGUCGCAGGAGUUCACCCGCGAGCUGACCGUGCUCCUCCGGCUGCGCCACCCGAACCUGGUGCUCUUCAUGGGGGCCGCGACUUGCGCGUCCCCGCCGAUGAUCGUCUCGGAGUUCUGCGCGGGCGGGACGGUGUUCUCUCUGCUGCACCAGCGGCGGGAAGUGACGCUCUCCUGGAGCCAGCGUCUCAAGAUCGCUGUCGACGUGGCCAAGGGUAUGAACUUCCUGCACUGGCGGCAGGUUGUGCACCGUGACCUCAAGUCACUGAACCUGCUGCUGUCGGCCCCGGUGAGCAGGCAUGAUGAGGUGCCGUUGGUCAAGGUCGCGGACUUUGGCCUCUCCCGCGCUUGGUCGGGCGACGCCCAGUCGAAGGCCCAGACCUGCAUGACCAGCGGUGCUGGGACCUACCACUGGAUGGCCCCGGAGGUGUUGGACGGGCACAGUUACGACGAGAAGAUCGACGUCUAUUCGUACGGCAUCUGCAUCUACGAGCUGCUGACGAGGCGGAUACCCUACGACGGCUCUGGCCUGGAGCCCGUCUCCAUCGCCGUGGCCGUCAGCAGAGGAAGACGCCCCGACACCGCGCACGUGCCCCGCGACUGCCCAGCGGACCUCCGGUUCACCAUGGAGAGUGCUGUUGGGCGCACAGCCCAACCGGCCGCCCUGGCUUCGACAUCAUCCUCGAGACCCUGA